CAGCUAUAAUAUAGUACUGAAGACAGCCUCUCGCACAGCUCUCCAGGCUUGCUACCAUUUAAAAUCAGACUCUUUUUGUCUUUUGAUUGCUGUCUCCCGCCCCAACUCAGAUGUGCUCCGUUAUCAGCGACCAGCAGCCUGCCGCUCCAGCCCCCGUCUGGGUGGGGAUCGGCAGAGAGUCCCCGGCACUGGUGGCGGGCAGGGUGCUAUAGAAAGAGAAAGAGCGAGGCAGAGAGCGAGCAAGGGAGCCAGCAGCGAGCCCAGCGAGGAAGGGAGGGCGCACAGGCACACACACUCGCGCACUCGCGCACACAGACCUGCACGGGGACGGCUUGGAAGUCACUGGGUUCCAUGGACGAGAUGCUGCUGCUGGCGAGAUGUCUGCUGGUGCUGCUGGUCUCCUCGCUGCUGAUGUGCUCCGGGCUGGCCUGCGGACCCGGCAGGGGGUUUGGGAAGAGGCGGCACCCCAAAAAGCUGACCCCUUUAGCCUACAAGCAGUUCAUCCCCAACGUGGCCGAGAAGACCCUGGGGGCCAGUGGAAGAUACGAAGGGAAGAUCUCGAGAAACUCGGAGCGAUUUAAGGAACUCACCCCCAAUUACAACCCCGACAUAAUAUUUAAGGACGAGGAGAACACGGGAGCGGACCGCCUGAUGACUCAGAGGUGUAAAGACAAGUUAAAUGCUUUGGCCAUCUCAGUGAUGAACCAGUGGCCAGGAGUGAAGCUUCGGGUGACCGAGGGCUGGGACGAGGACGGCCACCACUCUGAAGAGUCGCUGCACUACGAGGGCCGAGCCGUGGACAUCACCACGUCAGACCGGGACCGCAGCAAGUACGGCAUGCUGGCGCGCCUGGCCGUGGAGGCGGGCUUCGACUGGGUGUACUAUGAAUCCAAAGCACACAUCCACUGCUCUGUGAAAGCAGAGAACUCGGUGGCGGCUAAAUCCGGCGGCUGCUUCCCGGGCUCCGCCACUGUGCACCUCGAGCAGGGCGGCACCAAGCUGGUGAAGGACCUGCGUCCCGGGGACCGCGUGCUGGCGGCCGACGACCGGGGCCAGCUGCUCUACAGCGAUUUCCUCACUUUCCUGGACCGCGACGACGGCGCCAAGAAAGUUUUCUACGUGAUCGAGACGCGGGAGCCACGCGAGCGCCUGCUGCUCACCGCUGCGCACCUAGUGCGCAUCCUGGCCUCUCCCGACACAGCCUAUGGCCUCAGGUGCCGGGGUCUCUAUGGCCAGGGUGUCCGCCUGGAGCGGCGGCUGGGCAUGGACUGGCGCCCCUAG